AGUGAGAGUUCCAUGAAAAUUUUGCCAGUAAAAAGUUCAAAAAUUAUUUGAUGCUUCUCCUUACAGAAUCAGAUAUACCAACAUUAAAUUUUGAUACUAAUACAAACCUGGUACUUCAUACACAAAUAAUUAGCUAAUAUACUCACGCGUUGAUCCACACAAUGCGUGUUAUUCGGGAAAAAGCUGCACGUUACAAAACUUUUACUUUCACCCGGAAGUACAGAAAAGUACCCACAAUGCAUCAGAUUACAGAUCGUCCAUCUUGAAAUGUCAAAUCAAUGAAAAUGGAAUUGCAAACAUUAUCGGCAUACUAUGCAGUAAAGUAACAUUUAAAACAUCAAACAAUAACCUCACAUUUUGAACCAAUAUAUAUUCUACUGCUGAUUCAAAAAUCGAGUCAAAAUGUCGGACAGGAAGGCAGAACUCGAGCGAAAGAAAGCCAAGCUGGCUGCAAUGAGAGAGGAGAAAAAGAAAAAAGAACAGGGUUUGAAUAAAGCUAAAACCAAAGAGUCUGAAGUUGUAUCUCAAGAACCAGUGAAGAAAACUACAGAUUCUGACAUCGCCAGUAUCUUAGAGGGGGUCGGAAUUUCUGCAGCUGCCAGCGCAACUCCUGUAGCUCCACAACAAAGUGCCUCAAGUCAGGAAAGCCCACAGAAUGGAGCACUUGCCCCUGGUGCAAUCACUGUCACUCCUACACCUAGUCCUCAAACAGCCCGAAAACAACUGUCUGUUUCCAAGGUGACACAGACCAACAUCCCACCCAAGGAGACGGUGGCAUACAGCAAAGAAACACAGACUACUCAAGCUACAGUAGAUAGGGAUGCACGUGGACCUUGGGAUUAUUACGAAGAUGACAUGGAGUCUCUGGAUGUUGAUACGACACCUACCAGUACAAAGCCAGGCAAGAUGCCCCAAGUCAGCCCAGUGAAACCUGCAGAUAUGGCACAUAAUGAGGCUGUUGUGAAGGAGGAAAAAAUUGAAGUUCGUGAAAUCAGUGAAGAGGAGAAGCAACAAAUAAUGUUCACUGAUGACUUCCAAAAGUUUAUGAUGAGAUCAUCAGCCAUAAUGGAAAGAGCACUAGCCGAGGAGGACACGGAUAUAUUCACUGAUUACAGUGGCCUCAAUGCAGAUGACAGUGAAGGAGAUAUCAGUGCUAGUGAUAAACUUAAGCUAAACAGAACUUUCUUUGAUGAAAGAUGGUCAAAACAUAGGACAGUUACAUGUAUGGAUUGGUCAGUACAGCACCCUGAGCUCCUGGUGGCUUCAUACAACAACAAUGAAGAAUCACCACAUGAGCCUGAUGGAGUGGCCCUCGUAUGGAACUUAAAGUUUAAGAAAACUACCCCGGAAUAUGUCUUCCAUUGUCAGUCUGCAGUAAUGUCAACAUGUUUUGCCAAGUUCCACCCUAACUUGGUGGUAGGGGGGACAUAUUCUGGUCAAAUAGUCCUCUGGGACAACAGAAGUAACAAGAGAACCCCAGUUCAGAGGACACCUCUCUCUGCAGCUGCACACACUCACCCCGUGUACUGCGUCAAUGUGGUUGGUACCCAGAAUGCCCAUAACCUGAUCACUGUGUCAACAGAUGGCAAGAUGUGUUCAUGGAGUCUGGAUAUGUUGUCCCAGCCACAAGAUAGCAUGGAACUUCAACAUAAACAAUCAAAGGCUGUUGCUGUCACCAGCUUCUCAUUCCUCUCUGGUGAUGUGAACAACUUUGUGGUCGGGAGUGAGGAAGGUGCAGUGUAUACAGCAGUUAGGCAUGGAAGCAAAGCUGGUAUAUCUGAGAUGUUUGAGGGUCAUCAGGGUCCAGUUACUGGCAUUGAUUGCAAUGUUGUCCCAGGUGUGGUGGACUUCUCCCAAUAUUUCAUCACAUCGUCCAUUGAUUGGACUGUUAAACUAUGGAAUAUCAAAGAAAAUAAGCCAUUGUAUUCAUUUGAGGACAACAGUGACUAUGUGUAUGACACAUGCUGGUCACCCAUCCAUCCUGCAUUGUUUGCAAGUGUUGAUGGGGUAGGCCGACUGGACUUGUGGAACUUAAAUCAUGAUACUGAGGUGCCAACAGCUACUACAUACAUAGAGAACAAUGUAGCAUUAAACAGAUGUAGGUGGCACCAGAGUGGGCAUCAGAUAGCAGCUGGGGAUGACAUAGGCAAGAUACAUGUCUACGAUGUAGGCGAGCAUAUAGCCCAGCCAAAGAAUGAUGAAUGGAAGAGAUUUGUACAUACACUUCAAGAAAUCCGUAAUAAUAAAGCGGAUGCUGAAGAGGAACAGAACAUAUACUCUGGUUUGUCGGCUCCAAUCCGAUGAAAUCUAGGACCUUAGUUUAUACUCGAUGCUUUAGGAACAUGUAGGAAUAAAGACAGAAACAUGGUGGAUAAUUGUAUCAACAACUUUUAGUAUGGCUUGAAUAUAUGAUUAUGCCCUAGGGAUACUGAUUGUCUGUUGUGUAAAUGAUCAAUAGAUGAACGAGUCCACCUAUUUAUUCAAUGAUUAAUGUCUUAAAGGGAUUUGGGGGAUUCUCUCUUUUUAGAAUCAACAUUUUUGUAGCUUUUAUGUCUAUCAUGGUAACAUAUCUGGAAAGUAAAAUGGGAUGGAUAUGGGGAAUAUCUUAUUUAUCCUAUGUUCAACUUGUUUUUAACCUAAACCUUAUCACAUUAAUCAUUGGAUAAACCAAGAAGUCACGAUAUCCACACAUUAAUUUAGUUGAAUGAAUAGACUAUUGGUAUUUUUGUGUUCAUUUAGUUUAUAUGCCUAAAGACUUUGCAGAAACAUAACACCUAGUUAAAAUAAGGGUAUGAUCCAUGGUCCCAUUCCAUUGUGAUGUAUUUCAUAUUGUCAUGGAGAUGUUCUUGCUUAAUACUUAUGUAUCAUGUACAACAUAUAGAAACUCUACUCAUGUGUGAAAUGCAAAAACAGUGAAACAAAUCUUUCUGAUUAAUUUAUUUUCUUGAACACUACACAGCAUGUUAAAUUCAUGCAUGUAAUUUUCAAGAAAUGUGAUUUUCUUAUAAAACAGGGUUAAUGAUAAAUGAAAUGUUUUAAACUGAAUAUUGUUCUUUGAAAUCUAUGGUAAAACCAUUGUAUUUCAUAAAUUAGAAUAAUUGAUGGAUUGAGGGUGUAAUCUGUUCCCAAGAGUGAGAUAUCUUAUACUUAAUAUUUUAUGCAAGCCAUGUGAAGUUCUUUGCUUUUCAGCAUGUUUGACCAUUUAUUAAUGUUCAUUGCAUCCAUUGCAACCUUUAAGUCAGAUAUACCAGGGAUCUAGGAUCUAGGUUUUGCCAAAUACAGAUAUUUUGGAGGCUGUAAUACGUACUUGACUGACCAUAGUGAAGAAACAAUUGCCAAAAUAUGCGAGGUUGGCCAUAUGAUGGUUUUCGUGAAGGUCACUUUUGACGCUUCUAAUUUCGAUCUUCAGAUAUCUACUCGAUGAGAAACAAAGCUUUCAAUGUAGCAUUAUACAAUGUCUAGGUGAUAAAACCAACACCAAACUGAAUAAGACUUCAAAAUAGAGUAAAGACAUACUACAUGGUUGUGAAUUGGUGAACCAUGGUAUUCCUUGGUGCUUCAGUGAGAAAGCAGUUACAGA